AUGACACAACAAGUUCAUUCAAACAAUUAUGAUGAUGAUGAUGAUUUCGAAAUUUUAUAUGACACAUCAUCGAUCGAAGUUCCCCAUACAUUUGAAUCACAUGAUAGCAAAUCUUUAUCCUUGACAAAUAUGGAUUCUAUUGUUGAAAAACCAAUUACUCAUGAUAAUCAAAUUAUUAAUGAAAUUAAACCUUCAUCAUCUAUAAAUUUUAAUAAUAUACCACUUCGAUAUGGUUCUGCAGCAGAUAUUCCAUAUGAAGAAGGUUUUGAUUUAAAAACUAUUCUUAAUUCUAAACCAAUAAUACCAUCAAAUGAUAUAAUGAAUUUAUUAAAUACUAAUAAAUUACAACAACAACAACAACAACAACACGGGUUUUUUACCAAUAAUCUCAAUGAAUUACUUAUUAGUUAUACUCGUGAUCAUGAAAAUCGUAUUCAAAUAGCAAGACAAACUCAACAAGAUUUUAUAAAUGCAAUGAAUUUGGAUUAA